AUGGGUUUCACCACCCUUUGGAAGAGGCUAUCGCCUCGCCAGCUCAAUGUUGCUAUCCAGACCUUCUCCCUGAUCAGUAUCUUCUUCGAAGGAUACGACCAGGGUGUUAUGGGAGGAGUGAACGCCUCUCCUCGCUACGUCACCGAAGUUGGCAUCGGUCUGCCAGACGGCACCAUCACAGAUACUGUUCAUCAAGGAGGUAUCGUUUCAGUGUACUACCUCGGUUGCAUUUUUGGUUGCUUCGCCGGCGGCUGGGCCGCCGACAGGAUAGGGCGGAUCAACGGUCUCUUCUUCUCAGCCAUCGUUGCCCUCAUCGGCGGCGCCCUUCAAGCGGCGACACAGUCGAGCGACUUCCUUAUCGUAGCGCGCGUCAUCACAGGCAUAGGCACCGGCGCCCUGACCGGCAUCACCCCCGUUCUUGUCUCCGAAACAUCCACAGCAGUACACCGCGGCGGAUUCCUAGGAUACGUCUUCAUCGCCAACUACCUUGGCAUCGCAGUCGCUUAUUGGAUCUCCUUCGGGCUCGCCUUCGUCGAAAACGGAUACUCCGAGGUGCGUUGGCGUUUCCUCCUCGCCUUCCAAUGCGUCCCCGCCAUCCUCCUCCUCGCCGGCAUCAAACUGCUCCCCGACAGCCCGCGCUACCUGGCCUCCGCCGGACGACUCGACGACGCCCGCGAGGUCCUCGAACACGUCCGCGGCGGCUACGGGCCCGAAGUCGAACAGGAAUUCCUCGAGAUCGCGGCCGUGGCCAAAGGCAGCCAGAAGAGCUCGCCCAUCCAGUUCGCCAAGAUCCUCGCCGGCCGCGGCGGCAAGCCCGGCGCGCACCUCGGUCGCCGCGCCUGGCUCUGCUUGUGGCUACAGAUCAUGGCGUCGUGGACCGGCAUCACCGCGGUCACGGCGUAUUCGCCCGUGCUGCUCUCCGCGGCCGGCUACAGCGAGCUGACACAGAACGGCUUGGCCGGCGGGCUCAACACGGUCGGUAUCGUUGGUACCAUUAUCAGCGCGCAGAUUGUUGACCGGCUUGGGCGGCGUGCUUGCCUCAUGGGCGGCUCUUUUGGGCUGUUGGUGGUGAAUUUGGUGGCGGCGAGCCUGUACGAGGCUUCCAGGGGCAACCCCGAGCGUGCCUCGACUUUUGCUCCCGCCGCGGUCGCCAUGCUGUUCUUGUUCAACAUCUGCUACGCGGCGACGUGGGGCACCGUGGCGUUUUUGGUGCCGACCGAGAUCUGGCCGUCGGAUAUGCGAGCGCAGGGUAACGGGUUCGGCAUCACCGGUUGGGCUAUCGGUGUCGGCUGGACGGUGCUGGUCAACCCCAUCAUGUUUGAGAGAUCCCUCGAGUCGAUCGACGCCCUAUUCUCUACCAAGAGGCCAUUCAACUGGGAUAUGGAACGGGCGUAUCGUGAACGCGGGAAUGUCCUCCGUGACAGAGAACAGUCAGAUGCGUCCGGCAUGGAGGAUGGGAGUGAAGUGGAUAAGGGAAAGGAACUUGUCCACGAAGAAGGCAUCGUCGACAUUGUCCACUGCGAGACUCUUCGGCCAGGGUGCCGCUGGUGUCUCUCUUCGUCAUUGACCUCGGAUUCUUCAGCAAACUCGGCUGCAACCCUCCCACUGUUGUCUCGUAUGUCGCUGCGCGCCCGCUCUCAAGAGGCUGUCAACGAUGCGAGGUUGUCCCCAGAGAGCGGCCUCCAUGAGCGGUGUACGGCCUUUGGUGUCCGCCGCAUUCACGUCAACGACAUGGUCGAUAAAGAAGUCGACAGCUUUCGAAUGGGUAUUUCGGAUAGCGAUGGAUAG